GGUUUGAGCCUGACGUAGCAUUUCGACUUGGAGGGCAAUUCUAACAUCGUUCCGUUCGUGCUGAGUUUCAGGCAAUCUUCAUGCUUGCAGCAGCCAUCCCCAUAGGAGUGUAGGAGUUGGAGAGUGAUCGACAUCAACACAAGGAUUCGAUUCGAUGCCUUCUCUUCGCAUCCUAAACAAAAUUUGUUAUUCGAUAAACCAAUAUUGCAAGUACAAGUACCGAACAAUCUCCUCCACGGCACAGUUGCAGGGUUCAUGGAUGGAGAAGGUCAAAAACGUCAUCACGGGCCAAAAGAGCACGCCCCAGUCCCAGGGAGACGCUUCCCAAGUCACCUCCGAUUCAUUCACUUUGCUCCGUUUUGCGGAUGAAAUGAAGAAUGCAAAGAGAAUAGGCGCGUUUAAGGAGUUCAUGGUUGGGCGAAGCAGCGAAGCCACUUUUUCCUCCGCCUUCGACAAAUAUGAAGCCAUAAUUCGAUUUCUCGGUGCUUUGGACCCCACUGGAGAGAAUCUCCCGACAGCUCAGAAACAAGAAGCGGCAAAACAUUGUAAUUGCACGAUUGCUGAUGUGGAGGAUGCACUUGCCAAGUUUACUUGGGCCAAGGAAGCACAGAAGAAGAUACAGAAGCUAAAAGAAGAAGGAAAACCAAUGCCCAAAAGCUUUGCUGAAGUCCAAAAGCUAGUUGGUUCAACUCCAUUGGAUCUUGCAAGGUCUAAUUUGGCCCAAGCUGGACUAAUUAGCAGGAACGCACUUUGUCCAUGUGGUUCAAAGAAGAGAUACAAAAGGUGCUGCGGAAAGGACUGAAGGAAUUCAGAGAUUAAAUGUUAAACUGCAAGGAAGCCUGAUCUAUUAUGGUGGUUCCAUACCUACGCAUAUGCACAUAGCUGAAUUGAUCUGCAGUCGUACCUUGUUUUAUUCAGUUCAGAUCAAGUUGGCCUAUGCACUAGACUGCAAGCAUGCCCCUAAGCUGAUUUUAGGAUGAGAUAUUUUGCCGAACAGCUGCGUGAUUUUCUUUAGCUUUCUAAUUUUUGAGGUGGUCAUAGGCAGAACCAAACAAAAUAUUUUUGUUUUGAAAAGUAGUUAGUUCUCUUCUUUCUCUUGCUCCUGUCUAAAUAGGCAAGAGAAUAAGAAAUAAUUGUAGUCUCAUUAUUAAAGUCAAAAUGCUUCAACUCAUUUUUUUUACUGAUUUAUAUCAUCAUCAUCAUGGUAUUCGAGUUGCAUUUGUAGAUUUGGGGUUGAGGUAUAGGUAAUGGUGAAAAGGAGACUUGAUGUGGAAUAUGUUCUUCAAGCAUAGCAGUCAAGUUCAGUGGCGAGGCGAGACGAGUAUUUUUUUUUAUGUGGGAAUGAUAAUAAAAAAUAUGGUAUCUUAUAA